AUGCAACAGCAGCAGCACCACCACCAAGACAAACACCUUCCAAAAAGAAUAAUCCUUGUCCGCCAUGGAGAAUCACAAGGCAACCUGGAUACGGCUGCUUACACGACAACACCUGACAACAAAAUCCCAUUAACUCCAAUGGGUCUAACACAAGCUCGCCAAGCUGGGAACCACUUGUGCAACAUAAUCUCUGAUGACGACAACAAGAACUGGAGGGUUUACUUCUAUGUGUCACCUUAUGAUCGGACAAGAUCAACACUUAGGGAGAUCGGACGGUCGUUCAAGAGAGAGAGGAUUAUUGGGGUUAGAGAAGAAUGUAGAGUUAGAGAACAGGAUUUUGGGAAUUUUCAAGUGAAGGAGAGAAUGAAGGUUAUUAAAGAGACUAGAGAGAGGUUUGGGAGGUUCUUUUAUAGGUUUCCUGAAGGAGAAUCUGCCGCCGAUGUCUUUGAUCGUGUUUCAAGUUUUCUUGAAUCUGUAUGGAGGGACAUAGACAUGAAUAGGCUUGACCAAGACCCUGCCCAUGACUUGAACCUUAUAAUCGUAUCACAUGGGUUAACUUGUCGUGUAUUCCUUAUGAAAUGGUUCAAAUGGACAGUUGAGCAAUUUGAGCGCUUAAAUAAUCCUGGGAACUGUGAGUUUCGAAUAAUGCAGUUGGGACCCGGUGGAGAAUACAGCUUGGCCUUCCAUCACACAGAGGAAGAGAUGCAAGAAUGGGGACUCUCUCCUGAAAUGAUUACUGAUCAAAAGUGGAGGAUGGAUGCCAACAGGGGUGAGUGGAACGAAAGGUGCUCCUGGUACCUUGAUGAAUUUUUUGACCAUCUAGCAGACUUGGACAAAGAAUGCGAUGACAAAGAAAAUGGUUCUUCAGGCAUGUGUGAAUAG